CAUGCACAUAAUCAUUUCAUGUUUGAUUACGUUUCGAAUACACCGAUAGGUGUCAUCUGCACUAUACUUCAUGAUUGCACUAAAACUGCGCUUUAAGAACGGGUGAACACAUUUUAAGGAAUACAAAAAUUCAGUUUCCAUGGACCCUUUAUUUGAUGCAUGGACCCAAGAGAAGAUCCUAGAGCUGAACCUAGGGGACGCGUUACGUUUGGCGAAAGUGUGGAACUUGGAGGUUCAUGGUCUCCGUCAAUUACAAGAAAUAAAAAGUCGUCUGUUAACCAAAUGGAAAGAAGGCGACGGGAGAGAGAGUCCCAAGUUGCCUGUUCCUUUCCUGGGUGGAAUCCUUAAAGCGAGCCAGGAUCAGGAAGAAGUGCGAAUGGAGCUGCAGAAUAAGUUACAACAGACAGAAAAACUUGUCCAAGACAUACCAGAAAAACUGAAGUCCAACCUACUACAAUCGUACCCUUCCCUAGACGACACCAUUCGAACCAUGGCCCAUUCAUUGGAGUCCUUACAAUGCUGGAUUCUGGUUGCAGGCGAGGUUGGAGCAGGGAAGUCGAGCAUUAUCAAUCUAUUCUUGGACUGUCACGUUCUCCCGACGGACACGCUGAAGUGCUCAAACACGAUUGUGGAGAUCCGGUGUAGCGAUAUCAAUGAGGCUAGGUGCUACUUUAAGUCUUCGUGGACAGACCGCGGGAAACAGAGACCGGUGAAACCGAGAGUCAUUAUACUGGAUGACCAACGGGGCAUACAGGAGUUCAAGGAUUGCGUGACUGAAUGCGACGCAAAUGACGACAAUCCUUAUGAUCAUAUCGAACUCUACUAUCCCUUCAAAACCUUAAGUAAAAGCGUCGUGAUUGUUGACAUUCCGGGCAUAGGCGGAGGAAACAACUUAGAUCAUCGACUUGAAAAAUACAUUAAGUCCGCCUUCGGUUUUGUCUACGUCAUGAACACCAAUACAGCCGGUGGCUUGUCGCAUAGCCGGCUUGGUCACCUUCUGAAGACUGUAGUGAACAGCUCAAAGGAGUUCGGUCCAGAUAGCGUGCUUUUUAUUGGAAACAAGAGUGAAAACGUGCUCCAAUGUGACACGACAGUGGUACAGAAAGACAUUUUUGAGCAACUCUCAUAUGUCUACCCCGAAAUAAGGAAUAACCAGAUUCAUUACAUGUCUGUUACCAAGGCUCGAGAUAUAUAUGAAGACCAUAAGACACUUUCAGAUGAUCAGGUGACCCUCUUGCAAAGGAUAGGCGAGUUGAUUCCAAACUCUCACCGCCACGCGAUGAAAGAGCAUUAUUGGUGGCUUUCCUCACUUUUGUCUCGCACCGCAUACGUUCUGCGCGUGGCAGGCGUACAGCACGAGAUGUCGGCGGAAGAGCUGAAACGGAAGUACACGGAGAUGCAGGGGCAUGUGGCAGAGCUCCAGCACAACACCGACGAGUGUGUAAAGAAGCUACGACACAAGGUGGAGUUCGAAAUUUACAGGAUAACCAACACAAUCAGAGACAUGCUUGAACACAGGAAUCUACACAACAAACUCUGUAAAUGGGACAACGAAAGCGACUGUCCGAAAGUAUUCCGGAAAUGGAAGCUGACGGCAGACGAGGCGGCGCUGAAGAUUUCCGAACGCAUUGCGAGCGUCAUGGACGCUUGGGAAAGGGACAACCAGACGUUACACGGGGUUGAACGAGAGAUCGUGGACGUGUUUACGAAGGAGUUUGGGCUCCUUACUCAUCAAGUGCACGAAAUAGAAAAACUGCUAAGCCAUCCGAAUGACCGCACCACCAUACUGCGGACGAUACACGAGCUGACCGGAAAGAAAAUGUUUGGCAAGAAGAGAGGGACGAUAGAGAGAACGUACAGCACGCUCGGAGGUGCCGUCAGCUGCAUCGGUUUGCUUGACACGAACGAUAAAGAAGUUCGCGAUCUUUUCAAAAAGUCAUACACUGACAAGGCAUCCAUGGACACUAAGGCAGAUAUCAUGGCUAAAGCUGCCGCUAUUUACAUGAAAAGCAUUCUGGAACACAAGGACAUGAGUGCUAAAUUGAUGAAGUUUUUUGAGCGCUUUUUCGAAGAUAUAAAUGAAGCAGCCAGAAAAAUACCUAUUUUCCUUCAGGCUGACCAAAAGCUAAUCGAAACGCUUAAACAAAACAUGACCCAGAUUGAAAAGAUGAAAGAACAAUUGCCGCCUAUUGCGAGAGAAUGCGCAGAACUCCAUGGCAAGUUAGACAUAUUCUAUGUCAACAAGAUCAUGAAGUUCGAUAUUGAACUAAAUGAGCUUGACUGGCUGAAUAAAAAAUUCAUAGACUCCGGAUCAUUCUCCAAGGUUUUCAAGUCUGAAUGGAAAAGAGAACAAAUACCCGUGGCAUUGAAGGUAUCAAGUAGCGCCGUGAAAAUCGGAAACGUGACGGAACUACUUAUGGAAGAUAAAAUACUGCGUGACUUGGUUCAUCCCAAUGUGAUUCGCUACUACGGAGCAACCUUUGAGAAGAGUUGGUCCGGUCUAAUCUGGAUCAUGGUUAUGGAGCUCUGCCAGGGAUCGCUGAAGAACUUGUACAUCGAUCAUGCCAGCAAGGCAGAACAUGUCCCUGGUCUCAUCGCUCCCGACCAACCGAGACGACCGGAGGCGGUGAGGAGGACACUUUCGCAUGCCCGGGACAUUGCGAGCGGUCUGGAAUAUAUUCACGAGAAACGAUAUACACACCGAGACAUGAAGCCCGAGAAUGUGCUUAUCGCAGAAAAUGGCGUUGCUAAGAUAACAGAUGUAGGCGUUGCGAAGCCGACCGAUAGGCUCUCAUUUACACUGAAUGGUUCCCCUGCUUAUAUGGCACCGGAAGUGCUUUUGGGAACAGGAAACCAGACCAACAAAAUCGACAUCUACAGCGUGGCACUUAUUUAUUGGGAAAUGUGGUUUGGAGAAGACACGGGGAGCGUCAUGAACAGAGAAAUUCUUGGACCCAGUUUCUAUGGCGACCCCUUAACUGCGAUCCAAAAGCGUCAGACUGACCCGCGUGGAGGCUGGCGACCGAGUUUUAACACGGAGAAAGCGCCCCCUAGCGGUUUAAUCGAUCUUAUACAAGCAGCGUGGUCUGAUAAUGCCGACAGGAGACCCACGGCAAAGAACAUGAGACUCUCGAUUGAAAAACUGAUCCAGCUGUUGAAAUAACUUAGAAGUAGUAUGAUAGAAAAAUGUCAACUGAAUUUUUUACUUAACCCAUUUAUGCCUAGUGGACUCUCACAUCCUUCUAAAUUGGAUCAAUUUGUUUCCAAAAUUAGGGAUGUCUAGUAUUCAAUUCUAUAUUUAGAAUAUUUCUUACAGAAAUUCCUUUAAGCAAACAGCACAGACCCUGAUGAGACGCCGCUUCAUGCGGCGUCUCAUCUAGGUCUUCGCUGUUUGCCAAGGCCGUUUUUCUAGACGCUAGGCAUAAAUGGGUUAAAACAAUAAUGACUUGGAAAUGUCUUUGACAUGACUAAAAUUACUCACUUUGGUGCUAACUGGUUUGCAAUGACUACACGUUGAUUGAAAGAUUCUUGGACAUGUCCAGUGUUUUCACUUAGUUACAGACAAUCGAGGUUAUGUUCUUGUCCGGAACAAUUCGGUUUUAUUGUUUAUGCUCUGAUUGGAAAUCCAGUCAAAUCUGAGUAGAGAAAUCGCUACGAAAUACAAUAACAUCGUUGUUUAUGCUGGGGGAAAUGAUGCUGCUUCCGGUUCUGCUCGAUCGACGCUCUACAAUGACGUGAAAUCUCUAAUCCUGGACAUAAGAAGAAAAUCGGAAUCGUGCGCAGUAUAUUUGUGUACCGCUUGUCCACGCAUAGACACUGACGUACUUCCGCUCAAUGAAUUAUUAAAGCGGACUGGAGAAGACAUGAACGCACGCAUCAUUGAUUGUCAUCAGGCGUUUGUAUUUGGCAAUGGGAACACAGCCCGCCAUUACUACCAUCGAGAUGGCAUUCAUCUCAAUGCAAAAGGCACUAGUGCUCUUGUUACAGCCAUAAAUCAACAACUACCAAUAACGAGGCACGGGUCCGGAAAAGGAAGUGUGAACGAACAUCCCCAAAUUGCUUCGUUUACUAACAGAUCGCGAUGGCAACAGGGAAACAAAUGCACGGUAUGUGGACUGCGAAAUCACAGCGCCGAAGACUGCUACCAAAAUCGAUGGGGCGCCGGCGGCUACUCGUACUACCAUGGGCGCCACAUGAAAUACCGAGGACAGAGACGAGUCAUGGCUCCAACGAUGUUUCCAAUAUAGGACAAUUUUAACAGACAAUCGCAUGAUAUACAACAAACAAGCAGUAUCCUUUCUCCAAACAGGUUCCAUACACUUAGGUAUAUAUAUGUAUAGAAUGUAAUAAUAAUGUCUGCAAAUGUGAUAAGAGCAAUUCUCUUUUUAAAACAUCAUAUUGUUCAAAUUAUUUGACACCUAGUAAAACAAUAUUGAUCUAGUUCAAGUACAAAUUGCAAUACAUGUAUUUCAAAUAUUGACAGGCGUAUUGCUAUUGACAAGUGUGACAAUAAUACUGCUUCUAAUUUAGACUUCAAUUUUUCUAAUAGAGGGUUAAAUGUUGUUUGUCUUAAUAUACGUCACAUAAUGCCUAAAUUAGAUGAAAUUAAAUAUGUACUUUCACAUUCAAAAAUACAUAUUUUAGGACUAUGCGAAACAUUUUUAAUCAAUGAAAUACAAGAUUCGGAUAAUACAAAUUCCAAAUUUUAAUUGUAUUCGUCGUGA